GUUACUCGCUCUCAAACUAUGGCGGCCAUGUUGUAUCCGCGGGGGAUUGGAGGCUGCUCGGAACCGAGUCUCUCGUCAGCUAGGAGUACAUGGUGAGGCUCUCGGGCUUGAACUCGUCUGGGUUUUACACCAUCAGAGAUCUACACUCCUCGCCAUGAGCCGUCCGUCCUCGACGGGUGGUGCGGCUGGGGGACUCGGAGCUGGUAAAGCAGGAGGAAGUAAGCAUGGAGGUUCUGGAGGAACCGCCGCAGCCACAGCCGCCGCCGCCGCCGCCGCAGGGGUCUCUGGCUCUGUCCCGGGCUCUGGUACUGUGCCCGCGGUCGCUGUAACCCUUCCUGCCGUUGCCCUACCGGGACAGUCAGCCGAACUGACAGCGUUGUUUGAAUGCCCAGUGUGUUUCGACUAUGUGCUGCCUCCGAUAUUGCAGUGCCAGGCUGGGCAUCUGGUGUGUAACCAGUGUCGGCAAAAGCUCAGCUGCUGUCCAACCUGUCGCGGCCCUCUUACGCCGAGCAUAAGGAACUUGGCUAUGGAAAAAGUUGCAUCUAACCUACCGUUUCCGUGUAAGUAUGCCUCGGCUGGAUGUCUGCUGUCCCUGCACCACAGCGAGAAGCCAGAACACGAAGAAGUGUGUGAGUUUCGCCCGUACACCUGCCCAUGCCCGGGGGCCUCCUGUAAAUGGCAGGGCUCCCUGGAGGCCGUCAUGCCACAUCUCAUGCAUGCCCACAAAUCCAUCACCACCUUACAGGGCGAGGACAUUGUCUUCCUGGCCACGGAUAUCAACCUACCGGGGGCCGUGGACUGGGUCAUGAUGCAGUCGUGUUUCGGACACCACUUCAUGCUGGUUCUGGAGAAGCAGGAGAAAUACGAGGGCCACCAGCAGUUCUUUGCCAUCGUGCUGCUCAUUGGCACGCGAAAGCAAGCGGAGAACUUUGCCUACCGCCUGGAGUUGAACGGCAACCGUAGGCGGCUCACGUGGGAGGCCACGCCGCGCUCCAUCCACGACGGCGUAGCGGCGGCCAUCAUGAACAGUGACUGUCUCGUGUUUGAUACCUCUAUCGCUCACCUGUUCGCAGACAACGGCAAUCUGGGUAUUAACGUGACCAUCUCCAUGUGCUGAGGUGGCAGCGUUAGGCUCUUUCCAUCCAUCCAAACCAGUGACAGAGUGCGGAUUCGGAAGGCGACGGUUGGGAGACGUAUGCAUUCGUGUAUAUUUCUGUUCAAGAGAACGCAGACUUUCCAGAUUCAGCUGCAGGUUAGGAGAUAAAGAGGGGAGUGUGCCGUCAGGUGAAGAAGUGCAAUUGAGAUUUUCACCUUCUGAUUCCCCGCCGGUAAAGUUUCAUUGUCUGGGAUGUCCGGCCCGGAUCUCGACGAGUGAAUCUAGCUUCACAGAAUCGGGAAGGUUCGAGGCAUGAAUGUGUAACAUUUGCCUCAGAAAACCGAUGUGUACAAAACCUGCACUGACUACUUUGGUUUUCCUCUCGGGAGAUCGAGUGGAUCCAUGGCAAUGUAUAGUUGUAUAAUGGCUUGAUGAAACAAUAUCCGUGGUGGAGAUGCAGUGUGUGCAUGGUGGAAAUAAAAUUCACUUGCAAAAAUAACCACAGCGCCACCAUGUUUGUAAGGCAAGAAUCUAACCUCUGUUUUUUUUUUUUUUUUUACACUAUAUCUGUCCUCAAUGUUGCAAGAUGGAUAUAAGUUAAUUUGUGGUCAUCUGUUAACUUAUCCAGAGGAGAGAACUGGUUGGUAAUCAACAUCAUCAGCUCCAUGAAAUGACAGAACUACAGCCAAUCUUUUCAGAUGUUCUGUUACCCACGAUCUAAUAAUAUUCUUAGAUAUAUUUGUACAUGAUGCUUGAUUUUUAAAUGGAUGGUUGACCUACCGAUGGUAAAUCUGUCAAUAUUUAUUCACCCUCAUGUUGUGUUGUAACACUUUUUGUGGGACACAAAGGCUGAAGUUUAACAGAAUAUCUGUUCUCUUUCAAUACAAUGAAUGUGGAUGGGGACCAAAAAAAAAACAAAGCACCAUACAUACAUUUAGUCUUCUCGAG